UUACAUUCACUACUUUGACGGGUUGAUUCUAAUUUCGUUCAUACGUGACACAGCCGUUCACAUGACAGGAGGAGAUGUCUGGAUAGCGGGCUGUGCGAAUGCUCCGCGGUUGAAAUUUUCUUGUUCGGAAGGAGUAUUAAGAAUGUCCGUCGAGACGUCGAUAGUGAGUUCGACCGUGCCAUCAACGACUUCUCCUUGUCAGAACCCUGGACUUCAACGUGAACACAGAAUGCGACAACGCAGGGGAUUUUUUGCUGCACAUAGCCGUCCGCAAAGGAUUGGCGCAGCUUCCCCUGCUGAUGGCACUAGUGAAGAUCCAGGGGGCGGACAUAGAGCUGUGUAACGCUGAUGGGAUGACGCCUCUCAUGUUGACUGCUGCAGUGGGCAACUGUGUGCUUUGUGAUGUUUUGAUAUGCCUUUUCGGCGCUGAUCCUAACAAACCAAACCCCCAGUCUGGGCAAAGUGCUCUUCACUACGCUGCAGAGGGAAACCACAGAAAAACGGUGGAAUGUCUGAUCCGCCGUGGUGCUGACGUGAACAUAGAGGCCCACGAUGGCCUGCGACCAGACGACAUCCCAGCAUGCCUUGCUGCCACAGAUGACUGCAGGGAGAUCAUCGCUUUCAAUAGAGUGCAACGCUUGGAGAUGCUCAGCGAGCUAGUCAGAAAAGUUCCAAACCCUGCACAACCUUCUGGAAGUGAGUCAGGCGACCAUCAACGCACAGCACAGCCGUACAGGCAUGACGGUGCUCGGUAUCGCAGCUCAGAUGGGGAAUGUGGACACCAUCAGUGUGCUCCUGAGACAUGAUGCAAAUCCCACAAUAGCUGACAUGAAUGGUUACCUCCCCCUGCAUCAUGCAGUUCUUCACAACCACGAGCAUGCUGUGGAUGUUUUCCUUGAUCAUUUCCCCAAGUCCUACGUGGGCUUACAUAAAGCUGUACGACUGUGUAAAAAGACUUCCAUACAUCUCAAGCUCAAGGCUGCAUGGGAGAAGCGCCAGGAGGAGAUCGUUACCCCAAAGAUGUUGGGUUGUGCCCUCAACGGGGAUGCUGGCGAGCUGUUCCUGCUGCUAGACGAAGGCGACAACAUCAACCCAAAGAGCGGCACUGGCAACUGGCCCCUCUACCUGGCUGUGGAGAAUGGCCACCUGGAUGUGCUCAAACUGCUGUGUGAGAGAGGCGGGGACAUUCGCAAGCGACACCCCACCACGGGGGCAACAGCGCUCCACGUGGCAGCCAAAAUGGGACAUCAAACCAUAGUGUCCUACCUACUGGGCUACUGCCGACAGUCCAUCGAGAGCAAAAGUAUGUUUGACAGCGCACCUGCACUCAACGCCGCAGGGGGAUCUUCAGGGAUGCAUAGCAUGUCAAGGUCGUCCUCGGGAUUUAUCAAGUCGCCUGGGAGUCAGAGGUCACUCGACAGUCCCGAGAAACCAAGAGAGUACAGGAAGUUGUUGGAUAUUAACGCCGUAGAUCGUGAUAACAAAACAGCUCUACAGUUGGCUGCUGAAAGAGGUUACAGUCGCAUUGUUGAGCUUCUCCUGUUCCACGGAGCGACGACAGCCAUGUUGGAUGCUGAGGGUCAGCUGGUGACCUGUCGACAGUACGAGGGAGUGCGCAUCAUGAUCGAGUCGCACCGACAGCAGCACACGAGGCAGGUCAUCAAAUGCGUCAUGGACAAGUCGCGCAAGGCACUGGCAUUGUUACAACAGAUCUGGCUGCCAAAGUUCGACCACCACUUGCGAAAUAAGGAAGGUGACACCCCUCUAAUGGUGGCCGCAGCCACGGGGAGACUACCCAUCAUUCGCUUUCUCUUGGAGUCUGCAGUCUACCCUGAGGUUGCUCAGUAUGAGUCUGACUGUGCGGACGACUCCGACGCAGAUUCUGGUGUCCUUGACCCAACCUCCAGCUCGUCAAAAGACCCACUCAAACAAGAUGAUGAAUUUCAGACUAGUCACGAUGUCUCAUCCUCAAUCUUUACUGGCCCUGAGUUUGUCUCCGACACGAGAUUUGAAAGAGCAUCCUCCCCUCAAGUUCAAGUGACCACUGGCCUGGCUGACAGCACAGAGCUUUUCUACCAGACUCGGCUCAGUCGGAUUGUGAAUGAUGCCAACCGACCCAAGGGCCUGUCCAUAUAUCAUGAUGGCCUGAUCAGUCACGUGUGUGCCGUCAACUUGACCACUGGCUACACAGCUCUGCACCACGCCGUCAGGGGUGCUGGCGACAUCCCUCAGGUGUUGUCUCUUUUGUUGGAGUACGACCCGACACCCAUCAACGUACAGGACAACCGUGGGGAGACUGCUAUACAUCUGGCGUGCAAACUAGGUCGAAAGAAAUGUGUCGAGAUGUUACUGGCACGAUCGGACAUUGAUCUGAAUGUGAGAACGCUAGAGGGUCAUCUGCCGGAGGAGGUGGCUAAUCUGAAGACGAUACAUAAAAUGAUUGAAAGACAGCGAAUGUUCAUGCCUGCCCCUGUGGAAUCUGGUUUACUAACACCUCAUGACGGUGGCUCGAUCGGCGGCAGCGAUCGGUCCCCUAGCAUCACAGGAUCAACAGUCAACUUUGAGAAAGUUCACAGUCGUUAUGAGGCUCUGAAGCAAGGCAGUGCCUUAGAUAGAGCUUCUUGAAAGAGACCUGGGGUCUGCCUUCUGUGACUUUCAUACAAGGGAAGACGUUCUACAUAUUUUGCUCAAAGAUGAACAAGCCACUGUCCUGACAGUUCAUCUUUUUCAUCCAUCAGUUGUCCUCCCGCAGACAACAUUAUAUGGAAACUGACUUUAAAAGUUUCAGGAAAAUUUGCUCAAAAAGAUUUGGGCAAUUCUUCAGAUAUUUCUUACGUUCCAGGAAGUUUCACAGCUUUUUGAUAAGACUGAGUGAAGGAGAGUUCAACAGUGGACAUCCAAGUCUCGGAAACUGUGGUCACAUGCUCCUCGAACUUGCUUUUCUCUUUUGUGUUUCUAAUCACAUCAGGCCUAGUCAGUCUGUUAUGGAGGAACGUUUUGUAAAUAUCCAGUGCUUGUUGUGUCUUUGUGAAAUACUCGUUCAUGAGAAGAAGAAAAAACAAUUUAUUUCCUGGUUGUUUUUCCCUUGUCUUUCGUAAGGAAAUGAACUGGCAAGAAAAGUGAAGUUCACAACAUGUUAUACUUGUGUUUGAGACUCUGGACAUGUGUGCACAACUUUGAAGGAAUAAUCAAAGAGAUUGAAACCUAGAAUAUGCUCAGUGUUCUGACAAAUUUGCUUGAUGUGACACACACCAGAUUGACCUGAAUAACCUGAUGGUUAGGAACUGAUACCCUUGUUGUUGCUGAGUCGAGAAAGGUGGUCGCAUCAGGAUAACAAAGCUAGCUAAGGGAACAGGCUACUACGCUUGCAGUGUAGAGGUUUUGGGUUUGUUUCCUGACAGUACUUUGUUCAGUGAUGUGUCCUUGGAAAAGACAUGUGACAUUGUUUCUCCUCUUUGCACUCUAGUGUGAACUGAGAUAUGGCGUUUCGUUGUGGAACUUAGCUGGGCUGCAUGUUCUUGAAGAUGAACCUGCCAAGGGCUGAGUCCUGUCUGAGAGGGGAACUGUGGAGACAAAGCUUGAGCUCCAGUUGUAUCCUGUAGCGAUGAAAGUUUCGUCACUUCCACGCCAAACUGCGAGUUUUUGUUCUGAGGUGUACACAAAACUAUAUUUUUUAAAAUUGUAUUUUUACAAGGUACUCUCAAGGAGACUAGUCAAUGGCGAAUCUGAUUACUCUUUUGGACAUUCUCGUGAUUUAUGCAUACGAAGAGUAAGUUGUUUAUGUAUUAUACCAUUUGUAUUGAAAUUUUGAAAUGGUGUUGAGUUGUGUUGAAAAGAGCCCACAACAUGUUUGAAACUGCGUUCCUUUACUCUCUGUACCUGGCUGGUAUGUUCAUGAGAUGUUCAAUUUUGUGUUGCUUGCUAAAUGUUUUGAAUACAUCCAGAAACAUUUUUCGGCCAAGAUAUUGUUGUGAAGAAGAAUGUAUGAGGGAGCAGGAAUUUCUUCCUGCUCUUUUGAGCAUGAACUGACAUCGCUGUCAAAGUUUGAUUGUACCGUCAUCUGUAGGCAACGGUAAGGCUAAAAGUAAAAGACAUUAGUUCUAUUCCCAAAUGAGGAAGAUAUCUUACUGAUUAUCUCAAUCUUUUUACUGGGAUGUAACCGACGCAGCUCUGGUCCACCGUGAUGAGCAGGGUCAAAGCAUUGUGUGUGCCUCUGAUAGGACAUAAAUUUUGUAAAUGGGGGUGGAUAAAAUUCGCCACAGUUGCAACAAUAUAAUGUCUGCUCAGUAUAAAACUCUAGUCAUACGUCACAUUUCAAAAUGACAUAUAUAUGGCGGAGUCUUACACUAAGCAGUUGAUAUGCACUUGAUAUACAUAUUAUGUAUGUUGCAGGGAUGAUAUGACCUGCCAUAGAGACAUGUUCUGCCUGCUCCUAUUCCAGAACUGCUCCAUAUUAGUCAAACAAAAGAACAAAACAUUCAGUCUACCAGAUACACAACUGUUUUUGGUACAUCUGGCUCUUUCUCCCCCCAAAAUGAAAAGAAAAACAAUCAGACUUAUUCCUUAGCUAGAUGCGGUCUCAAUGUGGGAUGGAGUAGAAUUGUGAAUGGAAUCAGGAUGUGACUUCUUGGUAUUUGAAGGGAUAACUUUUUAAAAAUUUCUGUGGACUUGUUCAAGGUGAGAGGGGGAGGGUGAGUACAGGAGAUGUAUGUUUUCUAGGAGGUUGAAAAUGUUUCUUUGUGUUCCAGGGUUUGCUGAGGUAGUAAUAUAGAUUGUAAAGUGCAUAGAGCUUACAACUGAAUGAUGAUAUGUGCUAUACAGAUGUUUUUUGUUAUUUAAUAUGUAACUUCUAAAGUUCAUUUAAUCAGAGGGCUGUGGGGGGGGGGGAUGAUGGAUAUUUUAUUUCUUUAUCAUCCAUUCUGUAUUGAAUUGCCAGUUCAUAGAAGUGUCAAAUUGUUGUUUUUUACCGUUAACCAGCAGCAUAAAUGGAAAAUGGCAUUUUGUGAAAAUGCAAGACCCUCUCUUGGCUGUUGAAAGCAGUAAUUGUGAUAGGCACAUACAGUUCUUUUGCUGAAUAGGCUGUCUCUUUCUUGCAGCUGCCCUAACAUGACUAAAAAUGUUGCUUUUGAAAGGAACAACUCCCCUUUUCAUCUAGGACUACACUGUUUUUGGAAACGUAAUUCCUUUCUUUGCCCCCUUCAAUUUUACUAAAAGAGCUUUCUAGUAAUGACAAAAUCAGCAAAGUCCUGAUUUUACUUUUACUUCCUAUUUGGGGAUGUCGAUGUCAUAUUGUGAAAUUUAAUUUGGCGAUUUUUAAAGCUGCUUGUCAUUGCCUAGUGUUUUUGUUUAGUUUGUCAGUGAUGGUCAGAAGUUGAGAAUGGAAUCAUUCACCAUUUUCCACUGAUAGAGGGAGUAAGUCAGUCACAUUCUUUAUUGAAUCAUCCAAGAUUUAGGCUGCGAAUAACAUAAUAGGCCUAUUUAUUUUUCAAUGCUGUCUUUACUUAAGUUCUAUGUUUUGAUGAUUUGAUUUGAUUUGUUUUGUUAUAUUCUGAAGAUCAAAGUUGUAUUUAUCUGAUUUACAAAUCUACUCAUAACUUUCUAAAAAAGCUGAUGAAUUAUUUAUCGUUUUUGUGUUUUAGAAAUAUUUCUUUACUUUGAGCUUUAACUUAAUUGCAUGUGUAUGUAUGAUCUGCUUUCCAUUGUGGUAUUGUUGUAUGAGUUCUUUAAUUAUUGCUCGAAAUAUUGGCUUUUUGAUAGACAGAGGUUUACCCAGAGCUUUAUAGCCCCUUUUAUGAAAAGAAUUUGGUUGAGGGAGGGGGGUUGUCGGAGGAGCCACCACCAUGCGUUAACCAGUUCUGCUUUGUGACUUGUUUUUCAUUUAAACUAUUGUUAAUUCGCUCAUAUGACCCUAUGCAGUUGCGAGCUCUGUAAAACUCUUACUAAAACAAACUACCGUUUCUUCUCUUUUUUUUUCUGUAAGGAAAUUGAUUCGUUAAGAAAAUCAAAGGUCACAACAUGUCAUACAUCGAAUAUAUCUGCCAACUAGCUUGUAAAAAAGUAUUUAAUAUGUUUUUGAGGGUCUUGGUACAUAAGUCCGCUAUUGUUUCUGAAAAUCAUUCUCUGUUUACUGGUAUUCCUCCUCAUGGGCUUGGCGAUAGCAUUGAAAAAUUGCGAACUUUCAAUAUUGAAUUCGCGAAUGAUAGUGAGAAAA